CAAGAGAUAAAGGUUCGUCGAGACAAACAUUGAUGUCGGAGUGAGAAAGGCAUACUUAAAAAAUAAUUCUGAAGCCGCUGCAAAAGCUUUACGUUUGAAGCCGUUUUGAUAAUUGAGGUAAUGGCUGAUCUGGGGCUUCAGGAAGGGAAGCGGGUGCUGCUCAUAUGGACUCAGCCCUCAUCUCCUUCGGCACUGAAGCAGUUUGCUGAAAGCAUCGCUGCUGUUGUUGGAGACCAGAGUCUGGUGUCUUUGGAGAACUCAGAGCGACUACUGCUGUCUUCACACAAUGCCUCCAGCUAUGACUGUGUUCUGUCAUGCCUGCUGACUGACAGCUCACUGGUCCACAGUUCAGAGGUGCUAGUGGAGAUGGCCAGAGUCAUGAGGCCUGGGGGAAUGCUGGUGCUAGAGGAGCCAGUCACAGGUUCUGAGGACACUGGUGUGAGAACCGCUGAGAAACUGAUGUCUGCUAUUAAACUGGCUGGAUUAGUGUUGGUCACAGAGGUGAAGACAGAGCCGCUGAGUCCAGAAGCAGCAGCCGCUCUCAGAGAACAAACAGGAUUCAGUAAAAACACACUGUCAAGAGUGCGCAUGACGGCAUCUAAACCUGACUUUGAGGUCGGAUCAUCAACACAGCUAAAACUUUCCUUUGGCAAGAAAAAGACUACAACAGAAAAACCAGCUCUUGAUCCCGGCACCGCACAGAAGUGGACUCUAUCAGCUAAUGACAUGGAUGAUGAUGAUGUGGAUUUAGUAGAUUCAGAUGCUCUUUUGGAUGCAGAUGACCUGAAAAAGCCUGACCCGUCCUCCCUCAAAGCCUCCUGUGGAGACGACUCCAAGAAGAAGAAAAAAGCCUGCAAAAACUGCACUUGUGGUCUUGCUGAAGAAUUGGAACAGAAGAGUAAAGCCAUUCAGAAAGCCAGCCAGCCCAAAUCAGCCUGUGGGAAUUGUUAUCUUGGCGAUGCCUUCCGAUGUGCCAGCUGUCCAUAUCUCGGCAUGCCAGCCUUUAAACCUGGAGAGAAGGUGCUUCUGGCCAACACCGAUAUAGCUGAUAAAUAGGUAUUCAGUUUUGAGACAUUAUUACAUUCCACGAUCAUCUUUGUGGCACAGAUGGGAAAAAAAAACAAAAAAAACUUUCGCAUUGAUGUCAGAUGAAAGCACUGAAGUUACCCAUACAACAAACACAUUCAGAAACACUGGCUAUAUGCUUGGGUUGUAAAUGUCUCUUACCAUAUGAUUGUUAGUCUUUUAAGUAUGUUAAAUAUAUGUAACUGGAUGCUCAGAUUAUAAAUAAAUGAACAUUUGUCACACCUGCAAA